AUGGCAGUCUCUAUAAAACUCAAUGAGGACGUGGAUUUGAGUGAAGUCGCACAGAUGACUGCAGGUCGGACGUUCGGAGAGCUUUCGGCUAUGUUGGCAGAUGCAGGUAGCAAUGCUAUUGAUCGAAUGAUUGGGGGUGAGACUAACGGAAGCAAGCGGUCGUUGGAGGACCUGGUGUUCGGUGACUCUGACAACCUCUCCUCCGAUCGCUAUUCUGUCUCAGCCAAGGACAUUGAGGAAGCUGUACAGAACCAGCAGGCGCAUGUGUCAUCUGCUAACGUCAGUAACGCAUCGAUUCCGAAUGUAAAAUGGACCGACGUGGGUGGCCUGGAAGACGUGAAGGACGAGAUUCUGGACGUCGUGCAGCUACCGAUCAAGCAUCCGGAACUCUUUGCGAUUGGAGUCCGCCAGCGCUCCGGCAUCUUGCUGUACGGGCCUCCAGGAACGGGAAAAACGCUGCUAGCCAAGGCAAUUGCGACAGAGUCGAACCUCAACUUUCUUAGUGUGAAGGGACCCGAACUACUAAACAUGUACAUUGGUGAAAGUGAGAAGAACGUGCGGCAGAUUUUUGCGAAGGCUCGCAACUGCCGUCCUUGCAUUCUUUUCUUCGAUGAGCUGGACUCACUGGCUCCGAUGCGUGGGCGUGGGUCUGACUCAGGUGGUGUCAUGGACCGCGUGGUGUCGCAGUUGCUGACGGAGAUCGAUGGUCUCAGUGGCGGCGGUAAUGACCAAGUGUUUGUCAUAGGCGCGACAAAUCGUCCAGAUCUGCUGGAAACAGGUCUGCUGCGCCCAGGACGCUUCGAUCGUCUACUCUACCUCGGUAUAUGCAACGAGAAAGCAGCACAGCUAAAAGUGCUAAAGGCACAGACGAGGAAGUUCACGCUGGCAGAGAACGUUGAUUUGGACGCAGUAAUUGAGCACUGUCCGACCAACUUUACGGGUGCAGAUUUUUACGCACUCAGCUCUAGCGCGCUUGCGGCUGCACUGAAGGAUCGCGUCAAGUCUCUGGAUCGUCAACUCGAAGAGAUCAAUGUAAAGGACUGCUAUUCGUCCAGUCCGUUGACAAUGCGCCUCCUCCUCAACCGCUUGUCACCAGAAGAACUGCGUGUGUCUGUGGGUCAAGAACACUUUAUGACGGCGCUUUCGCAAGUCGUUCCGUCUGUGUCGCCCGCCGAAAUGCGGCAUUAUGAGAAAUUGAGGAAAGAGUACAGCUCGAAACAAACGUAA